ACAACAUUAACUCUGUUCAGUUCACAACAUUCUUUACUACGUUGGAAGAUAAUAAAAAAUAAUAACUCGCUUUGCAAAUAUACCAUAAUUUUAUUAACUCGUUCAUCAACAAAUUCUGAGACAAUGGAUACCUUCACCUUCUUUACUAUACCGAAUUGUGUUCUCCUCUCGAUUGCUCUUCUGCUAUUAUAUAUAUUGACAAAACAACCAUACAGUUACUUCAAAAAUAUCAAUAUUCCUGGCCCAGAGCCAUGGUUCUUUUUCGGAAAUUUGUUAGAAGUCAUGAAGAAGGGAAUGGCAACAUUUGACAAAGAAAUGAAGCAGAAAUAUGGAGAAGUAACAGGAUUUUACAUUUGUAAUCAACCUCAUAUACUCAUCAGUGACCCAGAAAUGGUUAAAGAAAUUUGCGUCAAACAGUUUGCUAUAUUUUCAAAUAGAUACGAUGUAUUUCCACCAGACAAAAUUGGGGAUAAAUUCAUAAGCUUUCUCACAGACAAUCAUUGGAAGUUUGCCCGUACUCUACUGCUCCCAGCCUUCAGUACCAGUCACUUCAAACAGACAAUGGGAAUUAUGAAUAGUGUUGUGAAAAACCUGGAAGAAAACUUUUCACUUUUUGCUGACAGUAACAAAGCUGUUGAAAUAAAACAAAUAUUUUCUCAUUACACGAUUGAUAUGAUUUCAUCUACAGCAUUCGGCAUCGAAGUUAAUUCAAUGAAGAAUCCAAAUCAUGCAUUAAUAAAAUGCUUUGACAAAUUCUUUUAUGUCAAUUUUCGUAACCCGAUCACUUCUGCUCAAACAUUAUUUCCAGUAAUUCCAAAAAUUCUGGGUUUACUCGGAAUCAAAAGUAACUUUUCCAGCUCAUUGCAGACUAUGGCUAAGUUUUCCAAAGAUAUUAUAGCAGAACGGAGAAAAAAUAAAACGGUAAGACACGAUUUUCUCCAACUUUUGUUGGAUGCAAAACUUGAAGAUGUUGAUAAAAUUGACGAUGAUAUGAAGCAUGAACUGGAAACACUCACAUUUGAGAACAUGCGUGACUGGAGGUCGAAAAGAGGUUUAACAGAUGAAGAAAUUGUUUCUCAGGUGGUGUUGUUCUUAUUUGCUGCACACUUAACAACUUCAACUGCAUUGGGUUUUUUUUCCUAUAUCCUUGCCACUCAACCAGAAAUACAGCAGAAGGUAUAUGAUGAAGUGAUGGAUGUAAUUGGUGACAAAGUACCUACGUUUGAAGAUUUGAACAAACUAAGUUACCUCGAUAUGUGUAUAUCUGAAAUACUUAGACUGUAUCCUCCAUCAUUCAGGCUUCAGAGGUAUGCCAAGGAAACUGUUAAGAUAAAGGACUGGAUAAUUCCGAAGAACAUUCCUGUAGACAUAUCUAUUUAUAGCCUUCAGCACGACCCUGAAUAUUGGCCGGAACCAGAUAAGUUUAUUCCAGAAAGAUUUGCACCUGAAGCAAAAGACAAAUUGAAUCCUUAUACCUUCUUACCAUUCGGCUUUGGACCAAGAAUGUGUAUAGGCCAAAAAAUGGCAAGAAUAGAAUUUAAGCUAGCUAUCUCUACCAUAAUCAGAAAAUAUAAAUUUGUGAAAUCUCCGGAAACCGAGGUUCCUCUUAAGAUAGGAGGGCAAAUAUUUCUUUUUGCAGAGAAUGGAAUAUGGUUGAAGGCUGAAAAACGAUAAUCUGAAAUUUGCCAAGGAAAUGUGCUCUAAUGUUCUUCACAUUUUUACCAAUAAAAUUACUUUCUGUAGACAACACCAGAAUAA